CUUUUAAUUUCUGAAGUCUUGAUAUUGGAUUCGUGAGCGUUCUAAAUCGGGUUUUGACGCCGUUUUGAAGGGCAUUAUUCAGCAGUUUUGUUUCCUUUCAAUUGGUUGCUAGGUGUACCUUGUACGUGCUGGUAGAUUGGCCUAAAUAUAAUAAAUAGCAAACGUUACGUUGACUGUGAAACUUGCAUAACACAUUGGUAUAAAUAACGACGGUACUGGGAACCAUGCAUUUCGACAUAGCCAUUGACCUGAUUAAAACAACUUUUAAGAAAGUGGACUAAAUGGAUAAAGCACCGUACAUUUUGCUCAUUGUAACCGGGUAUACUUUCUUGGUGGGCUCAGUGGAGACCAAGUCACAAAGUGCUUGCUUCAGCUCACUUUUCAUAUAUGAAAGAGAAUGUGGUGGAGGCCAUCUUUUUAAGAUUCACACAGGCAGACGUAACAUUUCUUCGGCUGUGAAGCGCCAAUUUGACGUAUCAGUAACUGGAACAAGCACCACAGACAAAAGGACUAGAUUUACAGUUGUGGACGUCGACGCUAGUACAAACAGGAAGUGCAUUCAAUUCAUCGAUAAACGCGGUACUACCUAUGCAUUGAAGGUCAUCAAUGGUACGAAUCUUCCGCGAUUCGAGCAAUACGAUGGAUGUAAAAAUUCAACUAGUAAUGAUUUCCUGUUUGAAGAAACCGAAACCGGCCUCGUCGAAGGAAUGAAAACAUUCACAUAUGAACAUAAACGCAGUGGUGUCAGUGGCAAGAUGUGUCUUGGUGUUAUUGGAGGCUGUGAUAAAAAAUUGUAUCUGUUAAGUCCAGGUGGUCCUAAUGACAGGCGCUGUCUAUUUUGGAAAAUAAUCGUGUAAAUAGCGUCAAGAUAUUUCGUGUUUUGAAUAAAAUGAACGAAAGGAAAUCAGCAUUGGUGGUAAAUUUAGCCUGGGAUUACGCAGACAGGGACCAUGGAGACGGAGGGCUAUGAGGGGAGGGGGAGUGGGGGAUGGGGCUUUAGCCCCAAACCCCAAUUUCAAGCAAAAAUUACAUAAAAUAAUAAUUUUACAAAUAUCUCCAGACCCCCUACAAGGCAGCGUCUCUGGCGCUUGUAA